AUGAAUGAAUUCAAAAAAUUCUCAAUAGACCAAAACUUAAUCAUCUUCUUCAUAACUCAAAUUCCAAUCUUUUUUCAAACUUUAUUCUUACAUCCAAUUUAUUUUUUUAAAACUAAUUUUUUAAGAAAAUUUAUUUUAUUUCCAUUACAUCUUUUACUUUUAACAUAUUUUUUAUUUAAUUUUAAAAGAAGUUUACCAAUCAAAGAUUUACCAAUCGCACUUCAUUUGAUAAUCUUUUGUUUACGUUCUUUAAUUUUUUCUCGAGUCAAUCAACCUUAUUAUCAACUGAAUCAUAAGACUGGUUUAAAAGUUAAUCAUGAUAAUGAUUCAUUUUUUAAAAGGAUUCAAUUUGCUUUAUCACUCCUCGUUAGUCUACGAGGAAUUGGUUGGUCUCAUGGGAUACCCAAACCAAAGCCAACUGAUACUUACUACAAAGAUACCAUCAAAAGAAUUUUAAUCUCAGUUUCAAUCUUACUAUUUUCUUCAAUUUCUUUUACUUUUAUUGAACAUUUUAAACUUUCAAGAUACUUUUUAACCAUCAUCAUAGGCUUAUCUUCUUGGUCUCAAUUAGAACUAACAGGUUCAUUCCUUAGGUUCAUUUCUUAUUCUAAUUUCUUUUUUGAUUUUCCAAUCUAUUCUAAAACUUUAAAUCAAUUUUGGUCAAAACGUUGGCAUAGUUUAUUAAAAGAAAUCUUCAUUAAAUUAUCUUUCUAUCAACAUUUUGAAUCUCGUUGGAUAUCUUUAAUCUGGAGUUUUACUUUAUCUGGUUUGAUACAUGAAUUUUCAAUGUGGUUUGCUUCUGGUCAAUUUGAUCCUUAUCUUAGAACUACCCUCUUUUUCAUUUCUCAAGGUUUUGGUAUCCUGUUAGAGAGAAAAUUCAAUUUGAAUGGUACUCUUUGGACGUUUUUUUGGUUAACAUUUUGGGGUAGAUUUAUGGUUGAUGCUUGGCUUGAACGAGAUUUGGUGGAUCGUAGACCAAUUGAAUAUCUGGAUCAAUUAUUUUUUCGACUCAUCCUUGAACAACACACAGCACUCGUGUCUUUCUUUGCUUUCGAUAUCUUGAGACCUCUUAUCAUCAGACAUGGAAGGGAAGGAAUUGCAUAA